AUGGAUUAGACUUAAUAUAAGAUGAAAAGAAGCAAGAUGCUGCAUAAUCUUACUUCUUCUCUUGCUAAAUUUGAGUAAUAGGUUUUAUUUGAUAAGUUUUAGCCUACCUUUAUAUUAUAAAUUUGUUUAUUAAAAGUCUAAUCAAUAUCUAAGAAGAUGUAUAUUUUUCGUUAUUGUUGUUGUUGUUGUUUUGGAGGCAGGCCAAACAAAAUUGACCCAGACAGGCCUCAGAAACCUAGCAAUUCAGAAAAAAUCAAUCCGAAGUAUUAUUAAGACGUCGAGAAUAAUAAUGGAGUGAAUGAUAAUCGAGCUCAUAUAAAAAAUAAUGAACACAAUUAAAAACCUCGGAAUUGUACAUACUAUUAAGAUUUCGAUAGAGUGGAGAUCGAAACUGAGAAAUACGAUAAACUAAUAAUCUUUACAAAUAUUUUGUUUUACUAUUGUGAAAAGAGUUCAACAGUUAAUUAGAGUAAACCUAACGAUCUCAAUUGUGAUGGUGAAUUAUAUAUGACGAAAUAUGACUAGGAUACAAAUCCUAAAUUUGAGUUUGCAUAAGGGAAAUUUUAAGUCGAUUUAGAAUAAAAGAAGUUCAACCUAAUACUUCCACCCAUUAAACAAUCACAUGGCAUAAUGAAAGAAUUUGAGGAAUAAUCAAAUAACUUGAUGAAUGAUUAAAAUAAUGGGUUUUAAGAAAAUAGAAAAAUGGAGAUUAAGAUUUUUGAUGCAAACACAAAUAAAUAACUAAAUAAACAUCAUUCAGGUAAUAACUAAUAUUUGAGGAAUUAAAAUUAAAAGUUACAAUAGUUCUGUAAGUUCAAUUAAAUUUUAACUACUGAUGAUGUGAAUAUACUGUCUGAAAAGAGAUGGAUGACAAGCAGUAUCAUUGAUAGUUAUGUACUUUAUCUAAACAAAUCUGGAGAAGAGCAUUAUUUCAAUUUAACGAUGGAUGAAAGAAGCUCCAUUAGAAGAAUUCUAUUUUUUCCUUCAAGUCUAACCACAAACUUUGGUACAGAGUUUAAUUUGUAAAAAGUAAGAGACUUAUUUGAAUAAGAAAAACCUUAAUUUAAAUAAAUAAAUUUUAAACUCUCAUUAUUGUAUCACUAUGUUGGAUUCCCAAUUAAUAACAACAAUACUCAUUGGUUAUUCCUAUUAUUUAACUUAAAUUCUGAAAAAGUUUUUGUUUUUGAUUCUAUGCCUAACAAAAAAUUAUCAUUUAAAGAAGAAAUAGGCUUAAUUGCCUAAAUUCUUAAUGUAGAACAUCCUGAACUUAUUGAACAUUAACAUUCUGGUCAAUAAAAAGAUAGUUAUUCAUGUGGGUAUCGUGUUUGCAGUCUUAUGGGAUUCUAUUAUGAUAAUUAAUUUAAAAAGGAAGACGCAGCAAAUUAUAAAUAUAACGAAUAGAAGAUAAUUGAUAAACUCAAAACCCUAAUAAAGGUUCCGUGA